AUGGUGCUCCACCGCCCAGCGCCCAGCGCGGAUCAAGAUGACCCGGGCGCCUUUUCAUUCGCAAGCACGAACCGGUUGCAUGCGCGCCGGGGUCCCAAAGACCCGGACACGAUCUUCGUAGGGGAGACGCCCGAUUUUGUGUACUUGAUUGAUUCGCUGGGUAAUGUGUUGGUGGACGAUAUCCAGGAAAAAAAGUGUGUAAGUGUAACUUUCUUUGAGACACAGCAUCACAAAUUUGCUCUACAUGACAAAGAAAACCUGUCAUGCGUGGCUUAUAAGGGAAAACACACAUGGAAAGAGGACUUCGUGUCUGUCUGGCAUGACAGGUGUAACUCUGUUGCAUGCUCUGCAACACAAGUUUACACUUACACAGUUUUUUUCUUGCAUAGACGACGAUCUCCGUCUGGUACAGCCCGAGGACUUGACCUGGUCGUCGCAGGGAAAGGUGCAAGUAGUAAACAAGCGGAAACUAUCCUGAGUAAAAACGUACCCACACCAGAGUUGUAAUGCAGAUUUGCAAAGACAGGAAGACUUGUAAUGCGCAUCCCCAUGAGAGCCAUUUCCAAUCGUGUUUUGGAAUUUGUGAUGCUGUGAACAGGAUGAGCAGAUGAAUCUGUGACGCGGCUGCACUUGCUAACCUGCACUACGCUGCAGAGUGCAGCUUGUCAUGCGUGACUCACAAAACUCCGAGGUUUGUGUUGCAAAAUCCUCAUCCUGACUCUGGUGUGGGUACGUUUUUACUCAGGAUAGAAACAAGGAAGUAAGAGCAGCAGACCGGCACGUCCCACCGCGGGUUCUUUCGGGCUGCUGCAGAGCCGAGGCGACGCUGUGGUUCUGGACGAAGCGCACGCGAAGAAGCGACCCCUGGUCAAGGACGUGUCGGAGCAGAUUGCAGCGGACUUUGCGAAGUCGGUGAAGCAGUCGACGAAAUACCUCGGAUAUGCGCCAACGGUGUCCACGGGCGGGUUCCAGGCGAAGCCUGUGUUUCCCCAGCAGCACACGCAGUACAGUGCAACGGGACAGUGGAAUUCGAAGUUGUUCGAUGACUACUUGGAGGACACCAACGCACGUCUCAUGCGGUCCGUGGAAAACAUGCGGCAAAGUCAGAACGGCGACUAUUCAAGGCGAAAAGCGUGGCGGUUUUUUGUCUCAGAAGGGCUAUGCCAUUUUUGCAUGAUGGUUCUUUGAUAAUCUCCUCGCCAUGAUGUGCUGCUGUCAGCUGAUUCGAUUGGAUUUUCAAUCGCGUGACCGCAUUAAAUUCUGAUACAUAGAUACAACAAUCAAAGGUCAUGCUGGUCAUCCACUCAACCAUGCAAGCAUAAGCAACGCCCGAGGUGUACUAGUUCAACGCAUUAUUUUGCUUCUUGAUUGCAGCAAACCGGAGGGAACGACACACUUGACUCCUCGCGCACGGCAACGCGAUGGGGCCUAUUUCAAGGUACUAUGGCAAGAACGGAUUUUCUCUUUUUUGCAAAGUUGUGGCAGUUGUACGUACAAGUCGGGGGAGACUUCUGAAGGCCCAUACCCACUAUAUUUUUUUAUGUCAUUCUGCUUUACAUAUGUCGUGCGUAGCAGUUAUAUCAAUUUACAUGAUCAAGCAAGAGGGUUGCACACUCCGACGUCGGGCUGGCUGCCCGAUGUCGACCAGCUUCCGCUGGUUCUCUGUCCUCUAUCUAGAAUCUCCGCUUCGUCCGGGCUUGCCUGGACUCGGCGUUUUUUCCCCGCCCUCCCACCCAGCUGCUGCAGCUUCAUUGCGAGAUACCCUGCGGCACCCCCCGCAAGCCUCCCCAGAUGUUCGGUGGGCCAUGUCGUGUUCCACGGCUUGGCCCACCUUCACGUCCGGGGCGUGGCUCUGUGGGGUUUGAGAGCUUGGCUCGCGCGGCUUGCUACUUGUAGCUCGCUGUGCCGGCCGGGUUCUCUUCUUGCUCGCCAGUGUGACCGUCGCAGGGCGUCCCGCGACGAGGACUGCAGCGCGCGUCAGCACUGCCUUCGAUUAUCAUCGUUUCCGCGCGCUUUCGCUCGUUGGGUGAAUUGCGCCAGGAAUGUGAAUUUAUAUGUCGUGCGUAGCAGUUAUAUCAAUUUACAUGAUCAAGCAAGAGGGUUGCACACUCCGACGUCGGGCUGGCUGCCCGAUGUCGACCAGCUUCCGCUGGUUCUCUGUCCUCUAUCUAGAAUCUCCGCUUCGUCCGGGCUUGCCUGGACUCGGCGUUUUUUCCCCGCCCUCCCACCCAGCUGCUGCAGCUUCAUUGCGAGAUACCCUGCGGCACCCCCCGCAAGCCUCCCCAGAUGUUCGGUGGGCCAUGUCGUGUUCCACGGCUUGGCCCACCUUCACGUCCGGGGCGUGGCUCUGUGGGGUUUGAGAGCUUGGCUCGCGCGGCUUGCUACUUGUAGCUCGCUGUGCCGGCCGGGUUCUCUUCUUGCUCGCCAGUGUGACCGUCGCAGGGCGUCCCGCGACGAGGACUGCAGCGCGCGUCAGCACUGCCUUCGAUUAUCAUCGUUUCCGCGCGCUUUCGCUCGUUGGGUGAAUUGCGCCAGGAAUGUGAAUUUAUAUGUCGUGCGUAGCAGUUAUAUCAAUUUACAUGAUCAAGCAAGAGGGUUGCACACUCCGACGUCGGGCUGGCUGCCCGAUGUCGACCAGCUUCCGCUGGUUCUCUGUCCUCUAUCUAGAAUCUCCGCUUCGUCCGGGCUUGCCUGGACUCGGCGUUUUUUCCCCGCCCUCCCACCCAGCUGCUGCAGCUUCAUUGCGAGAUACCCUGCGGCACCCCCCGCAAGCCUCCCCAGAUGUUCGGUGGGCCAUGUCGUGUUCCACGGCUUGGCCCACCUUCACGUCCGGGGCGUGGCUCUGUGGGGUUUGAGAGCUUGGCUCGCGCGGCUUGCUACUUGUAGCUCGCUGUGCCGGCCGGGUUCUCUUCUUGCUCGCCAGUGUGACCGUCGCAGGGCGUCCCGCGACGAGGACUGCAGCGCGCGUCAGCACUGCCUUCGAUUAUCAUCGUUUCCGCGCGCUUUCGCUCGUUGGGUGAAUUGCGCCAGGAAUGUGAAUUUAUAUGUCGUGCGUAGCAGUUAUAUCAAUUUACAUGAUCAAGCAAGAGGGUUGCACACUCCGACGUCGGGCUGGCUGCCCGAUGUCGACCAGCUUCCGCUGGUUCUCUGUCCUCUAUCUAGAAUCUCCGCUUCGUCCGGGCUUGCCUGGACUCGGCGUUUUUUCCCCGCCCUCCCACCCAGCUGCUGCAGCUUCAUUGCGAGAUACCCUGCGGCACCCCCCGCAAGCCUCCCCAGAUGUUCGGUGGGCCAUGUCGUGUUCCACGGCUUGGCCCACCUUCACGUCCGGGGCGUGGCUCUGUGGGGUUUGAGAGCUUGGCUCGCGCGGCUUGCUACUUGUAGCUCGCUGUGCCGGCCGGGUUCUCUUCUUGCUCGCCAGUGUGACCGUCGCAGGGCGUCCCGCGACGAGGACUGCAGCGCGCGUCAGCACUGCCUUCGAUUAUCAUCGUUUCCGCGCGCUUUCGCUCGUUGGGUGAAUUGCGCCAGGAGUGUGAAUUUAUAUAAUGUUUGUUCCACCUUGUCGAAAAGGAAAAAAAUCGGAAUCAGGAUCGCGUUGCGAAGAACCGCGAGCGCAUUCGCGGUGCCCGGUUUGCGUAUUUUGCCCAGCAAAACAUGGACGAGUUGGAACUUUUGGAGAAGGCACCGGACUGGGUGGCGGAGGGGAAGCUUUCGGAGUGGGACGAGCACCGGCACUUCCAAUCGCACAAUGAGGACGGGAGUCCGAAGAGCUACGCCACGCUGGCCGACGAGUUUAUGAAGCACAACCGCGACGUGCCGAUGACCAAGCGGAAGAUGCGUGCACUCGUGGAGGCCCGCGAGGCGGAGAAAGUGGAGGAGCUCGCGCGGCUUCGCCAGGCGAAUGAAAAAAUGCUCUCGCUGGACAAGCCCACGGUGGAAUCCCGGAAGCGAUCGUCAAAAUUCGGAUUGGAAACGGGUUCGGGUGCGUUCGAGCGCCGGUACAGCCCCGCCAACCGGCUCGCCCCCGGCCCGGUGGUGGCCGACCUGGCCGUGCAGGAUCUGCGGGCCGCCGCGGAAGCGCUCGAGCGGGAGGAUAUCAAAUGCAAAAAUGUCUGGGUCUGGAAGGAUGCAACUUGUGAUGCGCAUUUCACAACACACAAAAAUCUCUCAUGCAUAGGUAGCAAAAGCUGCCCACUUUCUGUCACCAAAAUGGGGGAUUUGUCAUGUUGAUUUGGCAUUGCUGAAGCUUCUCGAAGCCUGUGAUGCUAGAGCUUCCAUGCCAGACCUUCUGUGUCAUGCAAAAACAGUAUGACUCUUCCAGACCCAGACAUUUUUACAUUUCAUAGAGGACGAGCUCAUGCAACGCAGAGACGCCGCAGUCGGAGUGGUCGCGCGGCGCCCCAAGUCCGCACCCGCGGUGGAGACUACUACAUCCAGUGCUGCGGAGGGUGCAGCUCCUGUGCUGGACGACACGAUGAACAACUCGCUGAAUUAUACCAUGAAGAGUGGCGCUGGUGCACUUUCCACGUCUAGCAGCAAACAACCCGGUGGAGGAAGCAGAUCUAGUGGUCUCACGACCCGCCAGGGGGAGAACAUCAAGAUGGCGUAUCACCACUCCCGGGGGAUGGUGAGACCCCUGGGUGCACCCGGGUGGAACUCGUGUCCCCGGUCCGCCAAGACCUUUGACGGCAUCGCACCGGCGCACCACUGGAAGAAGCGCCAGGGUUCGCGCCGCCCGGAUGGAACCAGUGCGUACGAGCGGGUCGGUGGGCAGCAUCACCGCAUCCCGACCUCCGCCUCCGACGUCGGCCAGCACUUCCCGAGGGGCGCCGCCGACCGCCUGCGCCAGGUCAUUUUCACCCGAGCAAAAGCCAAGGCGAGACCGCCGGUUGCAGUGCCGGAAAGGCCGCUAUUCACGCAAGGCGGAACACUGCUCAGUGAGCAGCCCCGUUUCUUGUCAUACCAGAAAUCGGUGGAACCUGGCGAAUUAGAUGUAGCGGAACACGAGGCAGCGGCAAAAGAUUUUGAGAACUACGCCAACGAGAACAACAACGUCGUUGACCGACAGGACGUCUCGGGCUAUCGGGUGGUAACCAAACAAGACGACAUCACCUCUCAAGGCUACGACGAGGGAGAUAUGGCGAGUGGCGGAUCACGAGGAGAUUUGCUAAAAUCCGGAACGUCAGGACCCCUGGAUAAGAGCGGUAAGUACUUGUGUUGAAGACCUUUGUUGUUUAGUCUUCCUCUUCUAAAAAUUCAGUCCAAAGCAUGUACAGCUAAGUUCAAGGUCGUUCUUAGGAGACAGACUACUUAAAUGUUUUUACGUGCACACAACGAAAGGAAAACUGAAACUUUUCAGUAAUCGUAAAAAUAUCAACGGCAGAUCAUGUUACUUUAUCCUGAUACUCGACUGAUAGAUUUUCUGCUCCUUCAGGUACAGGGAGGAACAAGAGUAACGUGACCGUCAGUGAAGACAUUGACGCACUGAUACAGCGCACGCUCGAAGGCCACUUGCGUAAAGCGAUAGCGGAAGAGGGGCCGGACUCGGAGCGCGCGCUCGCCAUAUCCAUGAAGUUGGGUCUAAGCCGGACACCGAGUCGGAAGCCGCCGUCUUCUUCAAAGGCCUCGGUGCUUGGGAAAGAGCCCUCGGGCGCAGACUUUCCGGAUUCUGAUGACGUCCCGCCCACGACGGAGGAGGAAACCAUCUUUGUGCCCCCGACCAAACAGGAGGCCAGGGUGAGUGCCGCGCAGGGACGCGGAAGCAGCACAGCUAGUGCCGCUGAUCGCGGAACGACUGGUAGCAAAAAAAGCGCUUCUGCUAGUGGUGCUGCAACACGACCUGCCGGCGUCAAAAAGUACAAGGAGCUGGGUGCUACAGUGGACGCCAGGGAAGUAAGUGAGUUCAACAGAACGAGCAAAGAACCAAGAAAUGCCAACGACGCGGAUGAGCAACAAGAUUACUCGGAGCCGCGUUCACUCUCGGAGUUGGUUGCGACGGGACGUGGUACUAUCAGUAAAGGACCCCGGGAUAAAGCCGCGUUCACGAAAGAGCGCGGCUCGAGCGCAGACUCAGCCGAACGUAACAGAGACAACCAGGCAGGUACUCGUCCUUCCGGUCCAGCGGCCGCGGCCACACGGUCUUCUAAUGACGCAAGUCGGAGGACCUCGAGAGCUCACGAUGACACCGAGGGUAGCUAUGCGCGGUCGCGGUCGCCCCCUUUACCGACCGAAGCUCCCGCCUUCCACAUGCUGGUUUCCCGGUUCUCCCAGCCAGAACCCAACGAGGCCGGGCAAGCCAUCCGCGGCCUUCGCGACCCGCUGACAAACCUUCCGCCCGAAACGAGUCCGCUGGACGAAAACCGAAAGCAACAGCACUUCGGGGAGCGCCGGCUCGACCCGCGUGACGGUAUUCCACUGUCCUACGACGCGUGGCUUACCAAGUAUCCAUGGAGCAGCGACGACCAGGCGCGCGAGGUUUGGGGCGAGCUGAUUUUGCACCACAUGUCCCAGGGGGACGACCACGAGGUGCGGACAAGCGCGGCGCUUGCAGUCGCACCGGGAAGUGGACGCGCGACCAGCUCAAAAAAUAACAGAGCGGGGGCCAGCACUCCAACGAGAAAAACCUCGUUGGACGAAGAACAACCACCCGUCCCGCGAUUGCCUUCUCAACAAAAGAGCUACCGUCGUGACCAACAGACUCCGAGCCCGCCGCGGCAGCAGGGGCAACCGGUGCCGGAGGUGCGCCCGACGCAAGUGGACUUUCCGGCCAAGCGAGUCGGGCAAGACGGCAGAAGUCCGGGCUUGCUCGGGGCCGGACGGGGGGUCGGGGGGUUCGAUAUGUUUGGCCCCAGCAAACGGCCGACAAAGCCGGCGGAAAGUUUACCCGCCCCGUACAACACCAGUCACGUUGGUCCCGGGGGGGCGACCAAAGUCGCUUUUCCCUUCGGUAUGAACGCCUCUCUACAACCACUCACGGCGGCGACGGCCCAUCCUUUCGCCACCGAUGCGAUGAUACCAACCCGCAUUCCAAUGCGCGGGGACCACCGCGGAGUAGGAACAAUGGCAGCGUCCUCCCGUGGUGAAACCAAUCCAUAUUUUGCAUCACCCAGCACCGCCGCAGCACCACCAGGCCGAGGACGCCCGGGAGCGAGUACGAGCCCCUUCGCGCAGCGGCUUUUCGGUUACCAGGGUGCAGCUAGGGGGGAAUCUUUUUCAAACCCCGCAACAUCCGCCUCGCCGAGUAAGCAGAACUUCAUGUUUAUGCCAGAAGGAGCAGCGGCGGGCCACGACAAUCAGCAGUGGAUUGCGAUGAUGCUUGCCACUCAGCAACAGUUGCUUGCCGCGCUCGCAGCGCAAAAUAUGGGUGGCGGGAUACUUGUACCGCAGCUUCCGGGAUCAGGGUCUUCAUCUUCCGCUAGCUAUACCCCCUCCACCGAACGAGGACCCCCUCCACGAACCAGGACCAGCAAGGCCGAUGUAGAAGCAGCAGUGACAGUAAGAACGCCAGCAGUUCCAGUUCAGCAGCUGCCCUGGGCGAGAGCACCAGAUCAUGAGGUAUUUCAACCAAGAAGCAGGACUACGUCGCCUGAAAAGGUAGCCUCUGCGUCGAGUAGAACUGCAGCUGCAGCCAACAAGGUUCUGAUCGACUACGAUACGAGAGUCAGUCAGAUAGGGACCAUGUUAGACGCAGAGAAACAUCAAACAGCCGAUCAUCUUGACGGCGACCAGGUGGAGGUGCGGGGAACGCGACCACCAGCACCAUUGAAAUUGCUAACGCAGUUCACACGCGCCACACCAAACACAAAUUUUCACGCGAGCUGCGAAACAUCGCUGGAGGAACCCAUCGGCAAAGCAAAUGAUGAAACUACCACAACCAACAACUACGUUGCUGUAGCUGCUGUUGACGAUGUAAUUGUGGACUCGUAUAAAAAUGUAGUUCCAGAAGUUGCGAGAGCACAGCUUUUGCAAGAUGCAGCUACACCAGAUGAAAGUCGUGCAAAGGACUUGGUCCAGAGCUGCAGCAGAGCGGCGAGAAAAUUUGAUCCAGUGGAACCACCGGCUGAGAUCAUUUCCGAGGAAUUUUAUUCCCCGGGAGUAAAGAGACCGUCUCUAGACGCGGGGCUUGGUUCUCCAGACCAACCGGGCCGGUCGUCGCCGGAGGUGCCGCGUUUGGUCGUCUCGUCCGCCGAGGCGGAGGGGGCAGAAAAAAAGUCACCGCUGGUGCCGGGGGGACGCGAGGACAAUAUUAAGACAGCGGUUGUUCAUGUUGACCUUGACGUCGAGAUCGAGCGAAAUGGUGCUGGGCCCGUGCAGCUAUUAGAUCUCAGCGUGGGGGGCGAAACUAUUUCACGAGCGGACACGACAGAGGACAACGCCUCGUCUUCUCGUUUGUUCGCGGGGGCCGAACCCGAUGUCGCUUGUUCGUCGUCCACGACAGGAUCGCAAUUCCGGAGCAACCAGGCGCAGCUGGCCGAGCCGCGGCGCGGUGACGAGCCGCCCCGGGCACGCAGCAACGUGAGUUGGCGACGGUCAGGUGACUUGCCAGAAAAUAUUAAGGGAGAGCGCACCAACAAAAGCGGCUUCAGCGACAUGUUGUUCGAUCCCGCGACGGCACUCUCAUCGGCACCCACGCCCGCCACGGCAACCACCGCGACCGCGAGUCGCCUCGAUCACCUACUGGCGCAGGCCGCGGCCCGGGAGGUACAGCUCGAGGAACCUGGGUUGUUCGAGAGAAACCCACUGCUGGCCGCAUCAAGGGACGGCGGAGAGCGGCAACUUUCUUCGUUCGGAACCCCGGGCGGCGGAGCUCCACUUCAUCCCGGAGGUACAACUAGAAACACCAAAAGUCCGACGACCCGCAGCGAAGCGAAUUCUCUAUCGCCGUCCACGGCUGGGGCAGCCACCCGGAAGAUCGAGCACCUGUCCGGGGGGUUGUUCGAGAGCUUCGCCGGCGUGCGGGGCCGCUUGCGCAGCACCGGGGGCAACAACUCCGCCUCCUCGCCAGAGAUGGAUCACCGCUCGCUACAGGAAGCCAAGGCGAAAGUUAUGAAGAAUCUCUUCUCGCAGUCCUCGGGUCCCCCGCGCCAACGCGUCCACCGUGGCGCUGCUAGUACUGGUGCAGCAAGCACGCCGAAGAUCUACACGCCGUUGCCGGAGAUGCAAUGAAAAAUUUCGAGACAAUUAAUUAUCAUCAUUUCCAUGAAACAAAAAGUAAAUAGAAACACAGGAAGAUGAUGAACACGUACACGAGGCAUAGAUACUUACUCCUCAUGAUGAGUGUCGUUUUCGAGCCUUACUAUUCAUUGCUUCGUACCAGUACCAGUUAAGAAAUGUGCCGUCUCUGGGUGAGAAAUGCCUUAGUGCCACGUGCUCGUCUCCUGGAGCACCCGACUGAUGAUACAAAAUCAAUGAACAAGGAAUAAAAGAAUGCCAAACUACCAAUAGAUUCUACUGCGGAAUAUCGUUUUCAAACAUAACAAUGGUUUUAUUAGCAAGUGCCACAACAUUGAUUUUUGUUUAAUCAUUUUCAUGUGUGUGCUGCAGGUCCAGGUGCAGCUUCACUCACUCUUAUUCAUGCAUCGUUUCAUCUGUUUUUUAAUUUUAGCUCCUAGUUCAUCAUCAUCCACCUCGUACGUGCUUCCUUCUAGCGCUAGCCUGUUCGUUGGGGCCAGCACUCACGGCCUACUUCCAAUCACACACAUCAAUCAUACUAAACCAGUAGUCAUCUGGAAAAGGCUAAAAGCUUGAGCUUCCCUGGUUAUAUUUUGAUUUGCUGUACAGUAUUACUUAACUACUAACUCUAAGGAUUGAACGAGAUGCACAUGCAUGCUGUGAACAAUUUUCUGCUUCUGUAUUCAUAAAGCUCAGUGGCAGUUGACUGGGCCUGGUCGGAAUUUCGAAUGCGAAUCUCAACAGGAAAUGAAAGAUUUAGGAAACCAUGCUCGCAGAUUUAGCAAACCACCUUGUCUGUACAGAUUCAUUGAACACCACCAAUAUUUUCCUUCUCAUUCAUAUUUUUAUGUCAGGUUUCGUGGGACAU